GGGAAAGUUGUCAAGAAAGAAACAACAUGGACGACGACAACAAAAGUGAAUUCCUACGGAUAGUUAUGAAGUGAACUUGUAUUUGACUUUUAAUUGCACCUCUGUUGCGAGUACCGAAAGAAAAUGGAGAGAAAGCCUGACACAGGGUCUUCUUUCCAGUCCAGUUACUCUAUGGCCCCAGGCCUGCAGAGGGAACCCACAGACACUUAUCUGAACCCUGUCCCCACACCCAACAUCAGGGAGACUAGCUUUGUCUCCAGCUUUGGGAACAUGCCUGAUCAGACCUCCCUGGACCAGGGGACACCACCUGAUACCUCGUCAAAUCAAAAUGGUGUGGCUACAACUGGUUUGGCUAAGCCUCCCAUGCCAGCAGCUGGCCGGGGAAAUGCCUUGAUGUCUAGACUGUACAACACCCCUGCUAGCUCUAAGGUUGUACAGAUAUAUAAGAACAUCAGUAAUAAAGGAAUUGCAGUGCCUAAUGGAGAUAGCUCACAGCCUCUUGUGCCUCACCCUCCGUCCAGCAAAGUCCAUGGAGCUGGACCCUUCCGGACAACCUUUUAUAAAAAAGACCAAGAACGAAGAAAAAUUCAAAUGAAAAACAGACAAGAACAGAAAUCGAAUGAUGGAACUCCAAAACUUGAUGUUAGCACAAUGUUGCGCAGAAGACCAAGCAAAGAAGUUCUUCCUCCUAUUCAAGUUGAGCAACCAGAGGAUGCCAUGUCUGAUGCCACCUCAGAGAUCAAUCUUGAGGAGGAGGUGAAAUCAGUCAAAGAUGAAAAAGAGACACAAGAAAAGAAAACUGUGACAUUCAUUAAAGUGGAGGUAGAAGCAGCAGAGCCACAUGUCACAGAAGAAAAGCCUGAUGUGGAAACUGCCACAGUGGCAACAACUUCUGCAAAAUCAAGAAGGACAGCAGAUUUGCGGACGCCAGAUCUCUCUGAAAAAGGAGCUAGUAAACAGAACCGUGAAAUAGUUCUGACGUAUCUGAAGAAAAACAAAUAUGAUGAUACAGAACCAGAAGAAACUAACGUGGAAGAGUGGUUAAUGAAGCUACGCAGAGAACUUGGUUGGAAAACUGAGCUUCCACGACAUGGUCCUGGCUGCAGGAAGGCUAUGGAUAAACUGAUGGAGAACCCAGAUCAGAAGCAUGAGGAUUCCCUGUUCCGUAAGGAAGACCCAGGGAGCUUUGUGUACUGCCUGCCUAAGAACAGGAACAAAUCUAGAGCCAGAUACAACCCUUAUCAUUUAGAUAUUGUGUCUGUAAAUGCUGCUAGAGCUUCCCCAGUGUUCUGGAGUGUCAGUGCUUCUAGUGUGUCCAUGCGUUAUCAGUGGGAUGAACAGACCAAUAACUGUCACGUCCUACAGUCUAACGCUUCCUUCAUCUACGGCUACGAGUAUCUGGGCUGUUCCCCCAGGCUGGUCAUCACCCCUCUGACAGAUAGGUGCUACCUCACACUGACAGGCGCACUCCAUCUGCACCUGGGAGGCUCCCCUGCUGGGCCAGCAGGAACAGGGAAGACUGAGACUGUUAAAGAUUUGGCUAAGGCCAUGGGCAAGCAGUGUGUAGUGUUCAACUGUUCAGAAGGCCUCGACUUCAAAAUGCUGGGGAAGUUCUUCUCUGGCAGUUCUCAGUCUGGCAGCUGGUCCUGUUUUGAUGAGUUUAACAGGAUAGAUGUAGAAGUGUUGUCAGUGGUGGCACAGCAGCUGCUCACCAUCAAGGCUGCCAAAGACACCGGGGCACCAAAGUUUGUAUUUGAAGGCAGAGACAUAAAACUGAACAUGACAUGUGGAAUCUUUAUCACCAUGAAUCCUAGUUACGCAGGGCGUGUGGAGCUCCCAGACAACCUGAAGUACCUGUUCCGCUCUGUCGCCAUGAUGGUGCCAGACUACACCCAGAUUGCCGAGAUCAUGCUGUUCUCAGAGGGGUUCACUGCUGCCAAGUCACUGUCAGGGAAGAUUGUGAAUCUGUAUCAGCUGGCCAGCAAACAGCUCUCGCAGCAGGACCAUUAUGAUUUUGGUAUGAGAGCCAUCAAGUCAGUGCUGGUGAUGUCUGGGCAGAGGAAAAGACAGGCACAACUCAGCUCUGAUGGUAGAGUGAAGAGUAUGACAGAGAAGGAAGAAUCCUACAUCUUGAUCCACUCCCUGAGAGACGCCAACCUGCCGAAAUUCCUGGCGGAGGAUGUGCCGUUGUUUGAGAGCAUCCUGGCAGACUUGUUCCCAGGAAUUAUACCUCCUGAGCAAGACCAGGGGAUCUUAGAGAAAGCCAUCUCCAUGUCUAUCAGAGACCAGGGUCUCCAACACUGGUUUAGUCAGAUAGAGAAAGUGAAGCAGCUCUACAGCCAGAUCUUGGUGCGCCACGGGGUCAUGUUAGUGGGCCCCACGGGGGGUGGGAAGUCUACCGCCAGGAGUAUCUUACACAGGGCUCUGGUCCUGCUACCCUCUAUCUCUACUGAUGUGGCUGCAGAGGAUGGGUUGAUGGACUCACCUCUCAGGAAACCUGGGAUGUUUGUGCACAAUCGGUCUAAGAAAGGCCGUGUGGAAAUCUUCACCAUCAACCCCAAGUGUGUGAAACUGGGAGAGCUGUACGGGGAGACUGACCCCAACACAUUUGAGUGGACGGAUGGCCUGAUAGCUCACGCCGUGAGGAGGUUUGCUCGAGAGGUGGCCAGUACCCCCACAGAGGACCGUCCAUCCACUGCGGCCACCGCCUUGACCAGUGCCACUGGACUGACUGGGGCCACUGAUGUGACUGCCAGUACCAACCCCUCCAGUCCCGGUCCUAUCAGUGAAGUAGGGGAGACAGAUGGCCAGACGGUGGCAGGGGACGCUGCUGACCAUCCCCCUGAUCACGAGACCAUGCAUGAGGGGGAGAUGAUACCUGUGGACUGGAAGUGGCUGGUUCUAGACGGCCCAGUGGAUACCAUCUGGGUAGAGAAUCUGAACACAGUGCUGGAUGACAGUAAGAUUCUCUGUCUGGCCAAUGGGGAGAGGAUUAGCCUCGGCUUUGGCAUGAGACUCAUGUUUGAGGUGGAUAACUUAUCACAGGCCAGUCCAGCCACCAUCAGUAGAUGUGCUAUGGUCUAUAUGGACCCGGUUGACCUUGGCUGGAAGCCAUACGUGAAGACCUGGCUGCAGAGGCUGCCCAAGGAGAUUCCAGAGAGCGGCAAACACCAUCUCCAGGCUCUGUUUGACCACACGGUGGAGAAGGGACUGGAGUUCAUGCUCCAGCACCAGAAGUUCCAGUCCGUCCCUGUCCCCGCUAUGUCCAUGGUGAACUGUCUGUGUAGUAUUCUCAUGUCCUUCUUUGAUUUCAUGAGCAAAAAUGGAGGUUUUGGAGACCCAGAUAAAGAAGUAGGGCGUCCCUCCAGUGCAGACAGCCAUACUUCCAGCCAAUCACGAAGUUCUUCUAGAACCGAUGUCAGCGGAACCAAGAAGAUGAAAAAGAGAAGCAGACGACAAGCUAAGAUUAAAGAGGAAUUGCAGAAAAUUGAAGACAGAGCAUCUGCCAAAAAGGACCAACCUCACAAGGAUCAAAAACAAUAUUACAUGCAGAAAAAUCCAGGCAAAUUCACAAUCUUCCUUGGCAAACUGUUUGCCUUUGCCUUCACUUGGGCGUUUGGUGGAAGUCUGCAAAGGUUUGAUGAGAUGGACGACGACAUUGCUGUGACCAAGAAGGAAGGAGACAAGGACAAGCCUGAUAUCAAUAUCUGUUAUGAAUUUGAUGGAUUUGUCAGGGAUCUUUUGGAGGUCGAACCACCUCUUGGUGUACGUCUGCCGUCCGGCCACAAGACGAUGUUCAGCUAUUUCCUGGACAUGGAGUCUGGAAACUUUGUACCUUGGGAUGUGCUUGUACCAAAGACAAACUCCCUGAUUGAGAAAGGCGCUGUGAUUACAAUAGGGGACACCAUGGGUCUGUCCACGGGGCACGCCAAACCAGGAGAGGGUCGUCUGGAGAACGAGAUUGUCACCACAGUGGAUACUGUGAGAUAUUCCUUCCUGACAGGACUGUUGUUGUUGAAUGGUCACCCAGUUCUGCUCACAGGUGAAUCUGGUGUUGGCAAGUCUGCCAUCAUAAAGCACAUGUUGAAGGAAAUGUCCAAGGACAAUGGGACAACUACAAAAAAUGGAACUAUUUUGGGAAAUGUGCUAAAUUUCUCUGACAAGAACCAGUCGCUAUUAGAAAACAUCAGCAGCUUGACAAAGUUUGCCAUGGAGGAAGACAUAGACACAGAGAAGAAUCUAGAUCUCCUGAUGGGAACCAACAAACCCAAGCAGAACACAGGUAUCUCCACCAGUCUGCUACAGUUUAGCGCACAGACGACUUCCGCCAGGACCCAGCUCUCCAUUAUACACAGGCUGAUCAAGAAGGGCAAGGAUACGCUGGGAGGACCCAAGGGGAAAAAGGUAUUGGUGUUUGUUGAUGACUUCAACAUGCCAGCCCCUGAGGAAUAUGGAGCUCAGCCUCCACUGGAACUUCUCAGACAGUUUCUGGAUCUGGGCGGCUUCUUUGACACUAGGAGAAUGUUGUGGAAGGACAUCAUGGAUGUGACCCUUGUGGGGGCGUGUGGACCCGUGGGUGGAGGCAGAAACCCUGUCAGCCCCAGACUUCUCAAACACUUCUGUAUGCUAGCAGUGCCCCAGCCCUCCACCCGGUCUCUUCAGCAUAUCUACCAGGUCCAGCUGGGCAGGUACUUCCAAGAUGGCGACUUCAUGCCGGAGGUGAAGGAGUCGCUAUUCUCUCUGGUGUCAGCUAGUAUAGCAAUGUACUACAAGAUGUGUAUGAAUAUGCUGCCCACUCCGGCCAAGUCACAUUAUACUUUUAAUAUCAGGGAUCUCACAGAUGUAAUCACGGGUCUGUUACAAGCACACCAGCAGGUGAUAGUCAACAAGGAGAACUGUGCCCAGUUGUUCUCACACGAGGCCACCAGGGUGUUCCACGACAGGCUAGUAGACAGUGCAGACAGGGCGGCCUUCUUCAGCUUCCUGUCUGAAACACUGCAUGAUUACUUCAAGGUUCAGUGGGAGGCAGAGUCACUAAUGCACACACCGGUGCUUUUUGGCGACUUUUCUCACAUGGACGAUGCAACAACAGGAAAGAUAUAUCGUCCAAUCACAGACACUGUUAAGUUAUGCAGAACGCUGGAAGAGCAUUUCAUGACACAGCAGAACAUCGGCAAUGUACAGGCAUCCCAGAUUGUGUUUUUCAAAGAGGCUGUGGAGCACAUCACGCGGGCGGCCAGGGUGUUUAGACAGCCAGGCGGACACAUGCUGCUGGUUGGUAUAGAUGGGACAGGCAAGUCCACCACUGUACAGCUGUCUGCCCAUAUUGCCGGCUGUGAACUGUUCAAGUUAACACUGACCAGGGGGUACAACAUGCAGGACUUCAGGGAUGACCUCAAGGCGGUCUACAAACUGGCCGGCGUCCAGGGACACAAUACUGUCUUCUUGUUAACUGACAGUGAUAUUGUUAAGGAGAGUUUUCUAGAAGACAUCAACUGUAUCCUGAACUCAGGGGAGGUUCCUGAUCUGUUUGACAACGAGGAGUUGGAUGGAAUCGUGAUGGAGCUGAAGGCCGCGGCCACCGAGGCAGACGUACCUGACACCAGAGUUGCAGUCUAUCAGUUCUUUAUACAGAGAGUGAGAAGGAACCUCCAUAUAGUGUUAACAAUGAGCCCUGCUGGAAAUAAGUUCCGCCACCGCUGUCGUAUGAACCCAUCGCUGAUCAACUGCUGCACCAUCGACUGGUACGAUGAGUGGAACGAGGAGGCCAUGUUGAGUGUGGCCUCAGUUUACUUCUCUAACUCUGAUUUUGUUGCGGAGUCAGGACAGACCAUAAACUAUGAACAAAAUGAACAACUGGAGGAUCUGAAGCUACGAGUGGCCCAGGUCUGCGUUAACAUCCACAACAGUGUCAGUGCUGCCACCUUGCGAUUCUGGGAGGAAAUGAGGCGCAAGUACUACACCACCCCCAGCAGCUAUAUGGAGCUGAUCAGGGUCUACUCCAUGAUGCUCAGGGGGAACAAGAAGGAAUUCAUGGACAACAGGGACCGUCUGCUGGUUGGUUUAUCCAAGCUUUCAGAGGCCAACUCACUUGUGGGCACUAUGCAGGAGGAGCUGGUGACACUGGGGCCUAAAAUUGAAGAGAAAGCUAAGGACACAGAGUUGUUACUACAGCAGCUUGAGAAGGACCAGGAGGCCGUCGACCAGGUCAGGGAGAUUGUGGAGCAGGAAGAGAGCGUCAUGAAGAAAGAGACGCAGAUUGUGCAGGAUUACGCUGAUGAAUGUCAGCAAGACCUGAACUCUGUGAUCCCGGCCCUGCAGACAGCCAUCGGCUCCCUGGACUCCUUGGACAAAUCAGACGUUGCUGAGAUCCGUGUGUACACCAACCCUCCCGAGCUGGUCAUGACUGUCAUGGCGUCCGUGUGCGUGUUACUGCAGCAGAAACCAGACUGGGCCACAGCUAAACAGGUGCUUGGGGAUGCGGGAUUUCUCAAGAGGCUGGUCCAGUUUGAUAAGAAUAAUCUACCUGAUAAGGUUUAUAACAAACUAAAGAAGUACACAAAGCAUGCAGACUUCACCCCAGACAAGGUGGGCACAGUGUCAGUGGCCUGUAAGUCCAUGUGUGAGUGGGUGCUGGCCCUGGAGAGGUAUAAUGAAGUGUAUAAGAUGGUCAAACCUAAGCAGAGGAGGGUAGAAGAGGCCAAAGAAGCAUUGCAUCUGGCACAGAAGAAUUUAGCACAGAAACAGUCUAGCUUAUCAAAGAUUCAAGACCACCUAAAGCUGCUCCAGCAGCAGUACCAGGACAGCGUGAACCAGAGAGAGUCUCUGAAGGAGAGAAAGAAGACCACAGCCCUCAGGAUACAGAGGGCUUCUGUGCUCAUCUCCGCCCUGGCAGACGAGAAGGUGAGGUGGGCGGAGUCAGUGAAGGUCCUGGAUUUCAAGCUCCAAGGUCUGGUAGGUGACACCCUGGUGUCCGCGGCUGCCGUGGCAUACCUGGGGGCCUUCACAGCCAAAUACAGGAGGGAGCUGAUACUGAAAUGGGAGGAACGAUGCAGGGCGGCAGAAAUACCGAUUUCUGAGGAAUAUGAGCUGGUCAAGAUUAUUGCUGAUGCCAACCAGGUCCUUCAGUGGCAAAAUGAAGGUCUCCCAACAGACACAUUGUCCACAGAGAAUGCCAUCUUUGUGAAGAAGGGGAGAAAGUGGCCUCUGCUCAUUGACCCCCAGGGGCAGGCUAGCAAGUGGAUUGCUGAGAUGGAGGGCACUAAGCUGAAGAUAGUCCAGGCUUCGGACCCUAACUACAUGAGGACUAUGGAGAGAGCCAUCAGAGUGGGAGAACCUGUCCUGUUACAGGAGGUGACGGAGACCCUGGACCCCUCCUUGAAACCCAUCCUUCUCCAGGAGACGUUCACAAGAGGAGGACAACAGCUGAUAAAACUGGGAGACACAGAGAUUGAAUACAAUGAAAACUUUAGGUGA